ACUUACUCCCUGAACCGGGGACUGAGCAUUAUAUGAUUGCAUCUUAUCUACCUACCUUUAAUCACCCCAUCUGGAGCACUUGAUGCUUUUCCUUUCUUCUUUUUCAUUCAACUUCACCAGCCUAUUCAUUUCUGUGUAUCAUAAUUCCCCUGGGACUUCACUUGGGCAUGCGUGCCUCUUGCUUGGAUUAUUCCACUUUAACUCCAUGAUCUUUUUUUCCAUUCUGCUUUCUUCACCCUCACAUUCUGCCUUUCUUUUCGGGCUCUUCCAAACCACUGUUCUUCUCUUCCUUGUUAUCAAAUCUUGUUAGUCGAGGUGUUGGUUGGAGUGAGGAGGGGCAAUACGCGAUCGAGGUAUUUGAAACGCUGGUCCAAUUGCAGUUCAUACAAUUCAUACG